CGUGCCGGGAGGGAAGGAGACGUGUGCAGAGCGGCCGCCCCGCCUCGCGUGGGGGAGAGGCCGCGGCUGCAGGAGGUGGCAGAGGCCGCGGGGCGGAGCGGCCGUCGGAGUGCGACUCGGCUCGGGAGAGCAUCAGGGGAGAUGCAAUACUCCAGGAAUGAUCCACCUAACAAUGGAGAGGAAGCAACUGAGUCUGGAACCCCAACUGGGAAGAAAGGGUGCCAUUCUCCUUAAAGGAAGAUGGAAUAAUGCUCCCACAGCCUAGUGCAUGCAGAAAAAAAGAAAAAAGGAAAAAGAAAAAAGCCACAAUCAUGAAUGCAAGUUGUGAAGAGAAAUGCAAAGGUAUAGAAGGUAGAUGCUUUGGCCAGAAUCAUCUGGGGUCUGUCAACCACAGAAGCUCUGGGUCAUCUAAAACAGGGACUGACCACUUCUGCAUAAUUCUCUGCCAGAUUAGGAGAUUAUUAUUACCAGCUUUUUGCUAUCAUCUGCUGAGUAAAGGUUACCGCUAAAAAGCUUGUGCCAGUGGAAAGGAUCCCAUGAGCUGUGAAUUAUCCACAUCAAGAAAAGUCAGGCUGUGAAACUUCACCAGCACCAUCCGUUCAGUGACAGACAGCAGACAGGAUGAUGCUGAUGUGCACUUCUUGAACUCAGCCUUCAGACGAUCUCUAAUAUAGGAAGCAGGUGGAGAAGCCCUGUGAAAUACAGUCACGAUGCCUCAACAUGAAAAGCCAACUACCGUUAAAGGAAAUGAUGGCAGUGAUGUUGACAAUGAAGAAGGCAGUGCAGCUGAGAAUGAAGAAAAUGUCAAAGGAACAGAUAAAGUGGGGAAGAGAGCAACACCGAGAACCAGAAGGGGACAUGCUAGAGGGAGAACCAGGCAUGGUGAUGAGGAGGAUGAGGAUGAUGAAGAUGGAACAAGGAGAACUGGGUAUCGCAGGCACAGGAACCGUAGAGGACGGGGAAGAGCAGCUGGAAAUGAGGGCAGUGAUUCUGAUGUAGACCCUGCAAAAGCCAGAAAGAACCAAGCAAAUCAGAAAUCCAAGGACGAUGAUGAAGAAGAAGAAGAUGAAAAAGGAGGUAAAAGUGGGAAAGGCAAAGGUGAGAAGAAACAAGACAAAAAGCCUGAUAAGAAAGGAAAAAAAGAGAAGGCCAACAAGAAGAAAAAAGACAAAAAGAAAUCAGGAUCUGGAUCUGAUUCUGAUUCUGAGGAGGAGAUGAUUACAGAGGAGGAGCUGGCCAAGCUGAAAGAAGAGGUAGAAGAAAAAAAGAAGCUAAUUGCCACACUACGAAACAAGCCAUGGAAGAUGAAAAAGAAGUUGUCAGUCCUGAAGGAAGCACAGCUUUUUGUUGAAAAGUUUGAAGGUGCCCUUGGAAAAGGAAAAGGAAAAAAGUUCUAUGCAUACAAAGUCAUGAUGACAAAGAAAUGGAUGAAAUUUCAAAGGGAUUUUGAGAACUUUAAGACAGCCUGCAUACCCUGGGAAAUGAAAAUUAAGGAGAUUGAAAGUCACUUUGGCUCAUCAGUAGCAUCUUAUUUCAUAUUCUUGCGCUGGAUGUAUGGAAUAAACAUGAUUCUCUUUGGACUGACCUUUGGACUUGUAAUGGUGCCUGAGGCUCUAAUGGGGAAGCCAUAUGGCUCUUUACCUAGAAAGACUGUCCCAAGAGCUGAAGAAGCAACUGCUAUGAACUUUGCUACUCUCUGGGAUUUUAGUGGAUUUGCACAGUAUUCUGUACUCUUUUAUGGUUAUUACAAUAACCAGAGGACAAUUGGAUGGCUCAAGUUCAGGAUGCCUCUUUCAUAUUUCCUUGUUGGAGUUGGGACCAUUGGCUACAGUUUCAUUAUUGUCAUUCGAACAAUGGCAAGGAAUGCAAAUGAAGAGGGUGGUGGGGAUGAUACUAGUUUUAAUUUCAGCUGGAAAAUGUUCACAAGCUGGGACUACCUGAUUGGCAAUCCUGAGACAGCAGAUAAUAAGUUUGCUUCCAUCACAACAAGCUUUAAGGAAGCUAUUGUGGAGGAGCAGGAGAGCAGAAAAGAGGAAAAUAUUCACUUGACUCGAUUCCUGAGGGUUCUUGCUAACUUCUUAGCCCUAUGCACACUUGCUGGGAGUGGCUACCUCAUCUUUUUUGUUGUCAGAAGAUCCCAGAAAUUUGCCCUGGAAGGUCUGGAGAACUACGGGUGGUGGGAAAGAAAUGAAGUGAACAUGGUUAUGUCACUUUUAGGAAUGUUCUGUCCAACUUUAUUUGAUGUAAUCAGUUCUCUGGAAAACUACCACCCUCGAAUAGCUCUAAGAUGGCAGCUGGGACGAAUCUUUGCCCUUUUUCUUGGCAAUCUCUACACUUUCAUUAUCGCCCUAAUGGAUGAAAUCAAUCUCAAGUUGGAAGAAGAAAAGAUUGUCAAGUAUAACAUGACAAUAUGGGAAGCCAGUCUAUACAAUGGUACUAUCCCAGAAAAUUCCACUGCUCCUCCAAUACAGGUGGACCCUGCAGAUGUCCCCAGAGGACCAUGCUGGGAAACAAUGGUAGGACAGGAAUUUGUACGGCUGACAGUCUCUGACACAAUGACAACAUACAUCACAAUUCUAAUUGGUGACUUCUUGAGGGCUGUGUUUGUAAGGUUUUUCAAUUACUGCUGGUGCUGGGAUUUGGAGUAUGGAUUUCCAUCAUACUCUGAGUUUGAUAUAAGUGGAAAUGUGCUGGGACUGAUCUUUAAUCAAGGCAUGAUCUGGAUGGGGUCUUUCUAUGCUCCAUGUCUCCCAGCAAUCAAUGUGUUCCGCCUCCACACUUCCAUGUACCUGCAGUGCUGGGCAGUGAUGUGCUGUAAUGUCCCUCAGGAGAGGGUCUUCAAGGCUUCCAGAUCAAAUAAUUUCUACAUGGCCAUGCUACUUUUCAUCCUCUUUCUCUCCACACUGCCUGCUGUGUAUACCAUUGUCUCCAUCCCACCAUCUUUUGACUGCGGUCCUUUCAGUGGGAAGACUAGAAUGUUUGAAGUCAUAUCAGAAACUCUGGAGCAUGACUUCCCUUCCUGGUUCGGGAAGGUAUUUGGUUAUGCCUCUAACCCUGGACUCAUCCUACCUUUUAUAUUGCUGAUGGUCCUGAGUAUUUAUUAUCUCAACGCUACAUCCAAAUCUUACAAGGAAGCUAACUUGGAACUUAAAAAGAAGCUACAAAGUCAAGCAGAAGAAAAUAAAAGAAGAAAUAAACAAAAGGCACAAAAAUCAAAUGAACAAGAGGAAAAUCCAUUUGAGACAGAACCACCACAACCAAAGCAAAAGGGAGACAAACAAGAUGAAUCCACUCAAAACCAAGACAACAAGAAAGGACAGAAUGGCAGUGAAGGGAUGAAGACAGGCCAGCCACGAGAAACCAGCUCCUCUCAGGCACUCCAGAAUCCAGGCGCUGCCCUGAAUGGCCACUAUUCCCUGCAGAGCAGAGGAGGAAACCUUCCUCCCCCAUCCAUAGCUGUGUCAAGGCCACCAGAGCCCAGGGGGUAUGGAAUGCCAGGCUGUCCACCUGGAAACCCACGCUUCCCAGGGACUCAGUCAGGAAUGCCCAGGGGCCCUCCCAACUACAGAUAAGGACCCUCAACCACAUCGUGAUAUAAUAAAGGAUGCUGAAGAACAGAAAAAUAGUCCUAACCCCAAACACAUUCCUGCAAGUGCAGAACCCCAUUGUGUUCAUUUUAAAACUUCAUAUGCAUAGAAGUUACACAUGUGUUUCAGUUUUUGCAGGAUGGAAGUCUUCAGAAGAAAAUAUUGCACAUGUCUUCUUGCAUUUGACAGCAUUGCAAAAACAUGCUAUCUGUGUCAACAGGUUACUAAAUGUGGGGAUAUUUAUUUGAAGAUAUUUAUUAGAAGAAUGAAAAAUGUUUUGUAUUAAGUUGAUUACUUAGAAUCCUGAAAGUGUGUCCCUAACAUAUUUUCCUUUUUCUUAGAAGCACGGUUCACUGAAAAUACAGCUUUGUACAAAGUUUAUGAGAAUCAUUUAUACUUAAACACUGCAUACUGAGGCAAUGUAGGCCCACUGAUGAAUGAGUUGGGUGCCCUGGAGACAGAAGAUACAGAGAAGGCAGGGUUACUGAGUGCCUUCUUGUCGAGGAUUAAGAUUGCGGGGUGACAAUAAAACCCUGGCAGAUGUAUUGUUAACCCCCUCUUCCCCCCCCCGCCACUUCCCCCUCCCUCUCCCCCCUUUUCCACUAAGGAGAGGCGAUUGGGAGGAAAAGAAGGACAGAGUGAAGAGAGUUGGAAAAAAUUAAAGAUGUUUUACUAAUGCUACUAAUAAGAAUAGAGAAAAUAAUACAAAAUAUACAAAACCAAUCUUGAAAGUCUCAGCAACUGCAGAGCUGGCACCCAAAGUCCUGGAUUAGACUCUGCAGCCAAUCGGAGCUGGAUUCAGUCUCUCACUAGGCCUCAGUUCGCAGGGACGAAUAGCAAGGUCCUCUUCUAAUGUCGGCCGUAAGCAGAAGGGAAAAAGGCAAGAGGGGAAAAGCCAAUGAGAUCCUCGUGAUCUCCCACUUUUAUAUGAAGUAUUCACGUGAAUGGAAUGUUAUACACAGUUGGUCAGUUUCUUGCUCACUUGUUUCUCGUCGCCCCUCUCGCGAGAUGUCCAUCUGUGCUUAUCAAUAAGUUUGCAUUCCAUUGCUAGGUUUACCAAAACAUGUGUCUGGUGCUCCAGGAAAAUGCAGUUAAUAUGAAGGCCUUAGCUGACAGGCAAAUUCACCAAAAGAGAAACUUGUUUUUAGCAAAACCAGGACACUUCUUUGUCUCUGUCUACUCUGCCAGAGGCUGUCCUGAGGAGCCCUGUACCUCUGAGGUUUUGGAGAAAGUCAGGACAAAGGAGGAGUUUGUCUUGGUUGAUGAGGACUGGGUUAGGGAGCAAUUAAGCAAUCUGGACAUCCAUAAAUCCAGAUGGGAUGCACACGUGGGUGCUGAGGGAGCUGGUUGAGGUCAUUGCUAGACCACUCUCCAUCAUCUCUACUAAGUUGUGGGGAACGGGAGAGGUGUUUGAGGACUGGAAGAAAGCAAAUGUCAUUCCAGUCUUCAAAAAGGUCAAGAAACAGGACCUGGAUAACCAGCACCACCUCCAUCCCUGGGAAAGUGAUGAAACAACUUAUCCUUGAUGCCAUCUCAAGGCAUAUCAAGGAUAGGAGAGUCACUAGGGGCAGUCAACAUGGCUUCACCAAGGGGAAGUCAUGCUUAACCAACCUUACAGCCUUUUAUGAAGACAUAACAAGGUGGAUAGAUGAUGGCAGAGUGGUGGUAGUGGUCUGCCUUGACUUCAGUAAAGCAUUUGACACAAUCUCCCACAGCAUCCUUGCAACUAAACUGAGGAAGUGUGGUCUGGACGAUCAGGUAGUGAGGUGGACUGAGAACAAGCGGAAGGAAAGAAGCCAGAGAGUCGUGGUCAGUGGGACAGAGUCUAGUUGGAGGCCAGUAUCUAGUGGAGUGCCUCAAGAGUUGUUACUGGGACCAGUAUUGUUCAAUAUAUUCAUCAAUCACUUGGAUGAGGGAAUAGAGUCUACUAUCAGCAAGUUUGCUGAUGACACCAAACUGGGAGGAGUGGCUGACACACCAGAAGGCUAUGCUGCCAUCCAGUGAGACCUGGACAGGCUGGAGAGUUGGGCAGGGAAAAAUCUAAUGAAAUAUAAGAAGGGCAGGUGUAGAGUCCUGCAUCUGGGCAAGAACAACCCCAGGUUCCAGUCUAAGUUGGGGAACGAACUGUUGGAGAGCAGUGUAGGGGAAAGGGACCUGGGCUCCUGGUGGACAGCAGGAUGACCAUGAGCCAGAACUGUUCCCUAGUGGUCAAGAAGGCCAAUGACAUCCUGGGGUGUAUUAGAAAGGGGGUGGUUAGUAGGUCGAGAGAGGUUCUCCUUCCUCUCUACUCUGCCCUGAUGAGACCACAUCUGGAAUAUUGUGCCCAGUUCUGGGCCCCUCAGUUCAAGGAGGACAGGGAACUGCUGGAGAUGGUCCAGUGCAGAGCCACGAAAAUGAUUAAGGGAGUGGAGCAUCUCCCUGGUGAGGAAAGGCUGAGGGAGCUGGGUCUCUUUAGUUUGGAAGAGACUGAGAGGUGACCUCAUUAAUGUUUAUAAACACAUAAAUGGUGAGAGUCAGGAGGAUGGAGCCAGGCUCUUCUUGGUGACAGCCACUGGUAAGACAAGGGGUAAUGGGUUCAAACUGGAACACAAAAGGUUCCACUUAAAUUUGAGAGGAAUCUUCUUCUCAGUGAGGGUGACGGAACACUGGAAUAGGCUGCCCAGGGAGAUUGUGGAGUCUCCUCCUUUGGAGACAUUCAAAACCCACCUGGACACUUUCCUGUGUAACCUCAUCUAGGUGUUCCUGCUCAGGCAAGGGGAUUGGACUAGAUGAUCUUUCGAUGUCCCUUCCAAUAUCUAACAUUCUGUGAUUCUGUGAUUCUCUGAUAUAGCUUGUCUUCUGCAAGAUAGGUAAGUGUAAUCAAACAUUUCAGGUUGUACAUUGGAAACCUAGGAUCUUUCCAAAAGCUGGAUAUUUACCCCUGAACUCUUUUGGAAAGUAUUAGAAAGGGAAAAAAAAACCCCAAUAUUUGCCUCUAGUUAUGAAUAAAAUGUAACUCCUAUUCCAGUACCAUUUUUAGUUCAUAAUAAUUUAAUCACUUUCAGAAAGACUAAAAUUAAAUUUUAAAAAUCGAAGUGGUGAGAAGUAUCUCCUGUGCAGAAAAGCAUAUUUGAGGAACAGAUGUAAAGCACUAAUUUUCUCCAAAUACCUGGAUUGUGUUAUGGCUCAGAGAUAAUUACUUUUGCGUAGGAAUAUAUGCUGUAUAAUCUGCUUCAUGGAUUUAUCACUGUAUACUUGUAUUGACUAUAAAGUCAAGGGUAGAACAGGUUCCUAGGCUGGUAGGUCUUGUGGAAACACAGGAUAGAUGUAAGCUGAUACGCAAGCUGAUGUUAUUUAUUCCAACAAGAAAGCUCUAUUUUUGUGUUCUGAUUUUAUUUCCUUGUCCAUGAUUUGGGUCUAGGUAAUUAUUUUAAGACUUAUGAGAUUAAUAACAGCAAAAUUCGUCAAAUGACUGUCUUCUAAAAAAUAAGUAUAAUUCUGUUGGGGGCCUUCUAUAUAAUACAGGGCCAUUUUGUACAGUAGGAAAACUUUAACCAUAUCUUGGUAUAAAACAAGUCUGUGAGAUCACCGAACAAACUCCGUGUAACUAAAUUGCAGAACUUACAAAAGAGACCUUACAAAAAAAACCCAGUAUGGAGUUUAUAACCCUGUGACACACUGUGAUCGAGAUGCAAUUUCCAGCUCAAGCAGUCUUUAAAUCAGUCGCCAGAACCUGGGAAGAUAAAUGAAGGGACAGUUCACUUUAUACUUCACUUAACUCUUGUACUCCUUCAAUAAGCAUCUGCUAUCAUCUGGAGUCAAGAUAUUAUGUCAAUCAGACCUUUAAUGAGCACUAGAAUAGCUGUACUGCAUGUAAACAAUAAGUGCUAGCAACCAAAUAAAAAAAUAAGUGCAUUGCAAUAACUACAAGGGAGGGUCUUUUCUGGUGAGCAGAUUGGAAAUGUGUUAUUCCUAAGGGGACAAAUGAGUUAAGACUGGAGCCCAAGAGAUGUCUGCACCUGGGAUGCAGUGAGUCUUUUCUUUUAAAUUAGAGCAAGUACAGCUAAGUGCAGUGUAAGCUGUUUUAUCUUUCUCAGAUAAGAUUUCUAAUGUGCAGACUCCUGACAUGUGGAAAAAGUACAGUAAUUCCAACAGUCUUUUAAUUUGAAAUCUUUUAACAUGAUUAAUUUUUAAACUGCAUAUGUUUUUAGCCCAGAAAAUUAGAAGAUUGUCUAGAGUCUUAUUGAAGUUAAGCAUGAGACCCAGUGUUCUAGGAGUUCCAUGCUUUUAAGACAAACUUUUUCCUACAGCCUAGGCUUGAUAUUCCUUAGAAAAAGGAAGAUAGUAUAUACAACAAGUGAAGAAACUGAUUUUAAAGAUGCUUUAUGGCUUGGUGAUUCCUCUGACUUUUUUCAAAGGGUGUUGGAAUAAAGUAGAGUUGUAAACUGGUUUUGAUGGAGUCUGGUUCCCUGAAAUGCAGAGGGAGGUUUAUGCUAAUAGGAAUUAUUUGUUAUGUUAGGAGUUAAAAUUUUCUCUGAGUAUUAAAAACUUUCUCAUUAUUAACAGGCUUAGUAUUUCAUUCUGUGGGAUUGCUUUACAUUAUGAAUGGGAGAAGGACACAGCAAGGAAUCCAGCAGCUGAAGUUAUUAGGAGGAACUUUAUGUUAGAUCUAUAUGCUGUAUUGAUUUUCAGCAAUAAAUGUGUUCUCAGAAUGCACCUAUAUAUGCACUGAUGAGCAUGCAGUAGCCAACAUGAAUAACAAGACUAGAUGUUGCUCAUGCCUGUGAUCAGCACCAGACUGCUGUGACUGAAAAGGAAACACUUAUUCUUAUUUUUUGGUGCUUCUAAGGAAAGGUCUUUCAUGACUGUGUUUCAUGAAGCUGUGCUUUCAGUGCUUCCUUGUUUAGUUCCAUUUAAUUGCCUGCCAUCUUAUUCAUAAUAUAAGAUCGACUUAGCGGGUAAGAUGUGAUAUUUUACCUUCCAACAUUCUACACUAAGUCCAACUUAAAGAAAACAUGCUGUUUACUUGGUAAAAGUAAUUUUGAAAUUGUUACAUGAUCAGAUUUCAAGUAUAUUUCCUUUCAGUAUAAACUCCUAUAUUUUGGAUAUUUCAAUUCAAAUGUUUUCCCUCUGCUUUUUUUUUUUUUUCUCUUUUUUUCAAAAAAAUCGCCUCAAGCAACCUUCACCCACUUACCCACACAACUAAUCCUCUGUUUGAGUCUUGUACUCAGCUGAACAGGUAGCAAAUACUCUUGACAACAGGAAUAAUACUGUGAUUCAAAUAAUGGCAAAUAAACUUGCUUACAGCAACAGAAUAGAUUUUGUUUUCACUAGUGACACAUAUACCAUUUCCUUUCUUCUAAGAUAUUAGACCUGCAAAUUGUGCUAGGGAUACCUCAGAGCUCUAUUAUCUAAUUACUAUCAGUGAAAUCAGUGCUCAGUGUGUUUUAGCAUGUCCCCCAUCUUCCUCUGUGCAAUUAACAUGCCAUCUUCAUAGCAUUUGGCUGAGCAUUUCAUAAAAUUUUCUGCGCAAUAAAAGUGCACUUCACUAUGUUAUUGUACUGGUAUAGCGGGACCUUCAAAAUAUUUUGAAGUCCCUGCCAAAGAUUUAAUAUCUCGCUGAUCUGUGAAAAUUAUAAUUACUGUAAAAUUAUGGUUAUUGAACACUUUUUCCUUCUCCUAUUAAUCUUUCUUAUGCUGAAUAAAAUAUUUUUACUCAAUGACAAAGUCCUACCCUGGGACUAUGCAAUACUCUCAGAUGAACAGGAAGCAAAAGGAUGAAAAUAAAGUCCAGAAUUUACUGAAUUCAUGGCAAGAAAGAGAUAUGAUUUUUUAAAACAUAACCUUUUCAGCACUACCUUUGUGGUAGCCAGGACCUGAAAAUAACAAGUUUAAUACAUGCAUGGAGAUCUGCAGAAAUUUAGACCUGCUGUAAAGCUGAUAGAGAUUUAAAUCCAAGGAAUCAUUUUAUUACCCUACACUGUUUACAAAAAAUCUACAAAAUGCUCACUGGAAAAUUAGAUGCAGUUUUUAUCUGUGCUGAAUCCUUUGCUUCACUUCCUAGUCCUCUGUGAAAAAUCACACUGUUAAACUCUUAAUGGCUAGAGAUAAACUUCAAAAGCAGGUAAUAUCUGCUCUGUUUGUUGAAAAAUGAGUCUCUAAUGAGUCUCUAUGAGUUCACAGUGAGCUUUAUGCUGUCCAUGCCACAUAACCAAUCUUUAUUAAUAUCUUCAAAUUAUCAAAUGGACAAAAUAAAAUAUAAUUGCAAGGUGACACAAUGUUCCCCUACCUCCUGUUGAAAAGGUGAUUUAAUCUGAGGAUCAUCCAUGGUUAUAAAAAUGAUAUGAAAAACAGUAUUUCCCUGAACUAAAGAAUGAUCUGGGAAUUGUGACAGGAAGUUCUGUAUGGAUGUGGCAAACUCUACUUCACCUGCUGUUUACAGUCUAUAAAGACUGGACUAUAAAAAUGUCUGUGUGUUAUUGUGCUGAAGAUAACACAUCAGCUGCCCCUGGGAGAGAAUUUUUCACUUUCUAUUAGUCUGCCUGAUGGGUGGAAGUUAAGGUGUUUCCAGGUCGUUGUGUCAGAGGAAAUGCUGAGGCAGGAGCAUGUGUGGCUCAGCAUAUGGGUGUGAUUUCAGCAGCAGGCUGCUUCCAGAGAGGUGUAGCACAGAGGGCUUUGCGAGCCAUGGCAGGAGACUUGGAGAGCUUCCUCUGACAGCUCAGUGAUGCUGCCAUGCAGUGCUGGGGUGGAAGACUCAGCUCCUUGGGCCAAAACUGUGUGUCGAUGAGCUCUGUCUCACAGACCUGAUUUAUGCAGGGAUACUAAGGCUGCGCACAAGGGAAAGGAGACCAGGUCAGAGUCACUGGGAUGCCAUGGAAAUGGUUUGUGAGGUUCAAAUGCCAGCAUGAUUGCUCAUCAGAUACUCUUUGAAGGUGAAACCAGACUGCAGGGCUUCAGCUACUCAGUAAGUGCUUUGGAAGGGAGCGGGGGCUCUGAAUGAUGCCACAUCUUGAUCCCAGCCAGAUAUUCUCUCUUGGUCACAGCAGAAGAAGCAAGGAAUAAGUCCUGCUACCCUCUUUCUUGUCCCCUUUUAGUUUAGUUUCUUUCACUUGGUACUACGAGUGCUGUACUUGGAGCUGGUGAGGCCCUGCCUUGAAUCCUGUGUUGAGUUUUGGGCCUCUCAUCAUAAGAAAGACAUGCAGGUACUAGAGAGAGUGCAGAAGAGGGUGAUGAAGCUGGUGAGGGGCCUGGAGCACAAGUCUGAUAAGGAGCAGCUGAGGGAACUGAGGCUGUUUAGUCUGGAGAAAAGGAGGCUGAGGGGAGACCUUAUCACUCUCUACAACUACCUGAAAGGAGGUUGCAGCAUGGAGGGUGUUGGUCUCUUCUCCCAAGUAGCAAAUGAUAGGACAAGAGGAAAUGGCCUCAAGUUGCACAAGGAGAGGUUUAGAUUGGAUAUUAGGAAAAAUUUCUUUGAGGAAAGGGUUAUCAGGCAUUGGAACACACUGCCCAGGGAAGUAGUGAAGUCACCAUCCCUGGAGGUAUUUAAAAGGCAUUUAGAUGAGGCUCUUAGGGACAUGGGUUAGUGCUGGAGAUAAGUUAUGGUUAGACUUGAUGAUUCUGAGGGUCUCUUUCAACCAAAAUGAUUCAUUCUAUGAUUCUAUGAGGACUGUCUCUCCCUGGCCAUACUCUAUCACAUGUAGCCACCAAGUCCUAUGUACACUGCCUAUGUACAUAAUGUACCUCACAGGUGGCCAUGCCCUUAAAUAGCAAGGCUAACCAGGGAAUUCACAUGUGUCUUUGUUAAACAAAAGCCUCAGAACCUAGAUGUUUUUAUGGUAUUAAGACUUUUUCUUAUUGCCUAAAUGCUGUGGAAGGAGACUAUAAUAAAUUGCAGAUAGCAGACAGCCUGCAAAUAGAAAUUUUGCUGAGGUUAGGACUGGAAAGUACUAAUAGUAUCAUUAUUUGGGUAUAAAUAUUCUCAGUGGAGUAUUUGCUUGUAUUUACACUAUAAGAAGAUUUAGGUUAGUGUGAAGAGCUGAAAGAUGUUAGACAUUAAUAAUAAUUCAAGGUAGAAAUAAAUAUCAGCUCCCUACCUGUCUAGGGAACACUUGAGUAUAUUGACCUGCACAUCAAGACUCUGAUUCUUUUAUUCUGCUUAACAUGAAGAUCUAAAGAAAGGAGUUUGUAUUCCAUAUGAGAAUUUUUUCAUUUCCUUUGAAAUGUAUCAUCUCAGCUGCAGUGCAUAGUCAUAGAAAUCUGUGAACCACAUCUGCUGAAGUAUUAGCAAAAUAAUAAUAAUAAUAAAGAAUA